CACCAGCCUGUACCUCUUCUGCAUGAACCAUCCCACCACCUCCUCCACCCUCUGCUCUGUGAGUACCCUCCUUCUCCUCCUCCCUGCUCAUUGUCACUGUAGUCGGUCGGUAGUCUGCUCUCCGGCCAUGCAAUAUCCCCGGUCCUUGUCACACAGACACACACACACACACACACCCUCUCUCUCUCGACUCUCUAGUCCUUGAUUCUUACGGACAUUUUCCUCGUGCUGUUUUGCCCUCUCGCACGCGCUAUGGCCUCUUCUUCUCUUUGCUUUGUUUGGUUGCCAUAGACGCUUUCGGUCUUUGCUCUUGCUUUUACCAUCCAUGCUUUGUCCCCAUCCGUCCCUUCAAUUUCAUCGUCAAGCCUCCUCUCUCUUGUUUUAAACAAUUAUUAUACUUCCACUCCUGCUGUCCACCCACAAUCCCACUCACCCACUCUCUCACUGUCCCUCCGCCUGCUCUUCACAAUCACCUUCCCCCCUCUCACACACAAUGCCAGAUCACCGAACCUACGUCUACUCCAACCACGGUCGUCUCUCAUACAUACCCGACCACCUCCUGCCCUCCAACCCACCGAGAGGUCUAUAUCGAACUCGUGCACGCCGUCCACACCGCAUUUGUAUUGCCUCUGUCGUCCCAGACCCACCCACCCCCAACAAAUACACCUCCACCAGCGCCAUCCUCGUCGAAAAGCUGGCUAGCUCUCGCCAAUCCGCAAAGCGCUUCCUCAGGUCCUUUGUCUCCAACAGCAACAAUAGCAACAACAACUCACAGCAAGACCAAGAGAAUCUUGAAUCACGUAGAGCAUCCUUGCAGAUUACGCCUCAGAGUUCGGCCUCGUCGCGGUCCGAAAGCCGGAGAAGCUCCCAUUCGAGCGCCACCCAAUCCAGCGGCAUGCGCUCGAAUCGCAGUUCUGUGGUCGGCGGCGGCGGCGGCGGGGGGGGGGUUGCCCCCGCCUUAACUCCGCGUCCACCCCUCCUGGUCACUACUUCCUCAAGAGCUGCUUCACACGUGCGGAACCGCAUGAGCAAGUCAAUGUCUGCUUCUGUCACAAGGCUGGCCACCGACGAGAAGCCCUUGGCUUCGGGAAACGGUGUCAGCAUCGCCAUCCAUCUCACCGAGCCUGUCCUCUUCCUACAGGGCUUCGACCAGAAUGAGCACUCGGAGCGCUCGACUGCCAUGUUGAGAGGAAGCCUGCAUCUGCACGUCACGAAACCGACAAAGAUCAAGACUGUCACCCUGAACUUUGCCGGUCGAGCUCUGACAAAAUGGCCAGAAGGCAUACCGCCCAGGAAGACUGAAUUUGAGGAGAAGAAUAUUGUCAUGAAGCAUGUCUGGCCCUUCUUCAACGCCCAGUUUCCCACUGCCGAGGCAAGCACCGGGGCAGACCAUGUAGAGCUACUCAAGAGCUCGGGUGCAUCGCCAGCACUCUCCCCGCUAGACUCUCUUCGCAACAACAACAAUAACACCACCACCGGCAACGGCUCGGCCUUGAAUCUCACCUCACGCGAUCACAGGAAACUCUCUCUCCAGGUCAACCAGUCCCGCAGUUUUGGCAAGGGUGAUUCUUCCACAAACGGUCCGUCUGUGGCUCAGAAGGGCUAUCGAACCUUUCAGCCGGGCGACUAUGUCUACAACUUUGAACUCCCAAUUGACAGCCAUCUUCCUGAAACAAUCGACGUCGAGCUGGGCUCGGUCAAGUACGAGCUCGAGGCAAUCAUCGAGCGAGCAGGAGCUUUCAGAGCGAACCUGAUGGGCACAAAGGAGAUACAGCUUAUUCGGGCUCCUUCCGAGGGCUCUCUGGAGCAGAUUGAACCGAUUGCCAUCAGCCGGAAUUGGGAAGACCAGUUGCACUAUGAUAUCGUCAUAUCUGGCAAAUCCUUUCCCAUAGGCGCACAGGUCCCAAUCGCAUUCAAGCUCACCCCGCUUGCCAAAGUGCAAUGUCACCGGAUCAAGGUGUAUGUGACUGAGAAUGUCGAGUACUUUUGCCAGAAUAAAAAGGUGCAUCGGCUAGAGCCCACCCGUAAGAUUCAGCUGUUCGAGAAGAGAGCAGACGGGCCUGCUACAUCUGUGUUUCCUGGUAGUACCAUGAGGAUCGUCUCUGGUGGCGGCGUGCGAUACGAUGAACGCGAGGCAGCAGCACGUGGCGAAGAAGUCACGCUGCAGGACACGACGAAUCUUCUUGGUAAUCUUGGUGAUUAUGGCAUUGGACCCACCGAGAUGGAGUUCAACGUCCAGCUUCCCACGUGCAGUCAAUUGAAGGACAAGGAGAGGAGUCAGAGGCUUCACUUCGACACGACAUACCAAAACAUAGUGGUUCAUCACUGGAUCAAGCUCGUCAUGCGACUGUCAAGACCCGACACGAACAAUCCAGAAAAGCGACGACACUUUGAAAUCUCCAUCGACUCGCCCUUCAACAUCCUCUCCUGCCGGGCAACGCAGAGCAAUACAUCCCUGCCUGCAUACUCUAGCCCAGAAUGCAUGGGCGAAGACACGCAGCUCUCCGAAUGCGGCUGUCCUGGCGCGGCCACCCGACGAGGCUCGCCGACUUCUUUUGCCCCGACACUCGAGCUCCACAACGGCACCCGCGGCACCAACGAGCCAACGGACAUCUCAUCUCCAGGACUUGCCCGGCCACAGCAAGCACACCUCGGUGGCCCUAUCCACCAAGAGCUCGCAAGACCCAUGCACUUGCUUCGCAUCCCCUCGUACAACCCACCCGCAUUUGAAGAGGAACAACCUCCACCGCCGCUGGAAACUCCUCCACCAGCGUACAACAGCAUCGCAAGUCCCACGUCCGGGCUUGCAGACUACUUUGCCCGGCUAUCGGACGCGUACGACGACGAGGAUGACAGUGAAGACGAGCGGACGCGUCGCAGCCGCAUCGAUGUGCCGCUCACGCCUGGCGGCAGAAUUGCACGGAGUAUGGACGUGCCACGCACCUACUUUCAACAGCAAUUCCAAAACUUUCAACUGGACGGCCGGGCUGCGCAAUGAGUGGUGAUAUGCCCUGGAAGCACCGGUGACCGAGGCUGUCCUGAAUAUCGACGCAGAGAAAAUGCGUCUAGAGGCGAUCAAUGAGUAAUGGAUCUAUUUGUGACAUGUUGUUGUUGUAGCGGCGGUUAUUGUCAGCACUGUUUUUUGGGGGGGGCCAGGCGGGGGGCGUUGAGGCUUGCAUUGGACAUAUGAAGCUGUCUGUAUUUACUUGGACUGUACCAAGCAAGCUACAGUGUGUGUCUCUC